UAUAUAUUAAGGCCCAAACGAAACUGUAUAGUUAGGGCUCCGAUUUUCUCAGAGCAAAAACAAAAACAAAAAUUCACAGUUUUUGACAACAAUGGUGUGCGAGAAGUGUGAGAAGAAGCUAACGAAGGUGAUAGUACCAGACAAGUGGAAAGCAGGUGCAAGCAACACCACUGAAGGCGGUGGCCGCAAGAUCAACGAGAACAAGCUCCUCUCCAAAAAGAGCAGAUGGACUCCAUACGGCAAUACAAAAUGCAUCAUAUGCAAGCAACAAGUACACCAGGAAGCCAAGUACUGUCACACCUGUGCUUAUUCGAAAGGAGUCUGUGCAAUGUGCGGUAAGCAAGUACUUGACACCAAGAUUUACAAACAGAGCAAUGUAUGACGCAGACCAGAUACUAGCUGCCUUCUCUGUUAGUGCCUUUCCCUAAGUGAACUCAUCAAAAUCAUUAGAGGAUGUAAACUUUCAUUAACUAUAACAUGUAUACUUGGUGUUAGUAAUGAAGAAUAGCUCAUUUUAUAUUCUGAUGCAUUGUACUUGUAACCUAGAUUAUGGUGUUUCCAUGUAAAUUUAUCUUUAAAAUGGACAAUUUCUUUCUGUAGAUACAAGUGGCAAAAUGUGCUUGGGUUUCAGAUUUA